AUGUCUACACUUGGUGAUAAGGAGAGUAUAAUUUUUAAAGAAAAGAGCUUUGGAGGUGAGAAAUGGUCUUUACAAAAUGGAAGUAGAUACGGAAACCAAGCUGGCGCUUUAAGAUCUCUCAAGGUUGGAAAAUUCUGCAAAGUUAAUAUUUGGGAUAAAAAUGGAACAAUGCAAACAUUCCUUGGUGGUGAAUAUCCAGAUAUUACUGAUAAAUUACCUAAUGUUGAUAUUGUCCAAGCAAUUGAUGUUCAAUUCAAAUACUCUGUUGAUAUUAGAUUUAAACACAAUGUACAAGGUAGAGAUCCAAACGAUUUCAAACUUACUGUUAUUCCAUACCAAUUAAAUGGUGUUGAAAUUGUUAGUGGCGGAGAUUACUCUGGUGUUCAAAUCCCAGAAUUAAAUCCACCAGAUUCUGAAAUUGUAUGCCAAAUUUCAAUUCGUGAAAUAAAAUGGCCUGGUCAAGUCUUUGCUAAUGGAAGUAUUUAUUUUAAAUACACCCCAUCAAACAAUACCGUAUCAUACAGAAAAACUGAAGGAUGGCCAACAAACUGUGAAAUUGUACAAGAUGAUGUAUCCGGUUUUACUAUCACUCUCAAAAGUAUUUAA